GCAAAAUUGUUUUAUAGAUAUACAUAUAUUAAUUUUAUUUUUAGUUUUGUUGAUUUUCAAAGGUUGAAAGGUCAAGAUGUGAAUCAUUUAAAUUACACGGGACAACUCUUUCAAUACAAAGUUGAGUUUGGAGUGUUUAAUGAAUUCCUAAAUCUGCAGAGUGUCUCAAAGAUGAUGAUCAUAUUAUUGAUGAUAAUGAUAUUAGGAACGGUUAGCUGUGGUAAAUCAACUGGAUUUUUCAGCUCCAAGACCAGGAAAAUUAUCUGCGACAGAGAAAGCAAUGGAUCUGACUGGUGGAUUACCCCAACCCAGUAUUUCUCCUGCUACCAGGAUCAACAUUGUUGUGGAGAUGCUUGGAACAGAACCUGCUGUGACAAGGAGAAUAGCAAUAAAAGCACAAUGGUGAUAAUAACAGCUGUAAUGGUAAUUGUGAUCUUACUGCUCCUCCUUCUGCUGGCUAUCUACAACGUAAGGAUUCGAAGUAGAUAUUAUAUUCGAGUGGCAAACCUUUGGAAUGAUGGUAUUUUUACAGGAUCUAUGCCUAAAUACAAGCUUAACAUCAAUAAUUCCUGCCCUGAUGAACCCAGUGAAAAUCAUCAGAAGGAGGAGGCUCAAGAGAGUAAACAAGAACUACCAGAGAGGAAACAUGAUCUAUCACGACAUAAAGAUCCAUGGGGAAAUAGUGAUGACCGCAAGCUACCGUAUGCAGAAUCAAAUGAUGUGUUAAGCAUAAACACAUUGCCCUCCAGUAUUGAAGAGACCCUUGAGAACGGGUUCAGGUCAAGGAUCAGCCAGCUCAGUUCUGUUAGUCCUGUCAGUUCCAGUAUUCCCUUCAUCACUGGAGCAAGCAAACCCCUCCAAGGAGAUCUAUGCUCUUCACUCAUGAAAUAUGAACCAUAUCAAAUAAUGACAAUUGACCAAGAAUCAUCUCACUGGACCCAGGGGAAAGAAUUAUACAAUCCUGUAAUACCCUCGCUUUUAGAUUCUAGUUAUAUUCCACCUCCAGCUGUAUAUAUUCCUCCUAGAUCCUAGUUAUAAAUUCCACCUCCAGCUGUAUAUAUUCCUCCUAGAUCCUAGAUAUAUUCCACCUCCAGCUGUAUAUAUUCCUCCUAGAUCCUAGUUAUAUUCCACCUCCAGCUGAAUGUAUUCCUCCUAGAUCCAAGUUAUAUUCCACCACCAGCUGUAUAUAUUCCUCCUAGAUCCUAGUUAUAUUCCACCUCCAGAUGUAUAUAUUCCUCCUAGAUCCUAGUUAUAUUCCACCUCCAGCUGUAUAUAUUCCUCCUAGAUCCUAGUUAUAUUCCACCUCCAGAUGUAUAUAUUCCUCCUAGAUCCUAGUUAUAUUCCACCUACAGCUGUGUAUAUUCCUCCUAGAUCCUAAUUAUAUUCCUCCUCCAGCUGUAUAUAUUCCUCCUAGAUCCUAGUUAUAUUCCACCUCCAGCUGUAUAUAUUACUCAUAGAUCCUAUUUUUAUUCCUACUCCAGCUGUAUAUAUUACUCAUAGAUCCUAGUUGUAUUCCACCUCCGCUGUAUAUAUUCCUCCUAGAUCCUAAUUAUAUUCCUCCUUGAUCAUAUCCACGAAAGUUUUUGUUUUAUUUUUGUUUUACAAUGAAUACAAAGAGAAAAUAUUCACAAUUAAAAUAAAA